GAUCUCGGGUGCUAUCUUUAUGGAGUUGGUAUGUUUUGCCUGUGACUGUCUGGUUUCUCACUUGUCCUCCAGUUUGCUCUCACAGCCCACAAGUGUGUUGAUUUUUCAGUUAGCUACUGUAAAUUGUUCCUAGUGUACUUAGCAGGAAAAUCACUGGGGAAUUGAUGGGCAUGUGAAGAAAUACAAGAAUUAUGAAAGGAAGCUGGUGACUAAUAUCAAAGAAGAUAAUAAAAAAUUUUAAGUACACAAAGGGUAAAAGAGAGUCAAGGGUAGAUAUAGGACCAAUACAAAAUGAUGCUGGAGAUAUUGUAAUGAGAGAUGCAGAGAUAGCAGAGGAACUAAAUGCGUAUUUUGCAUCAGUCUUCACAGUGGAAGACAUCUGCAGUAAACCUGACAUUCAAGAGUGUCAGAGAAGUGAAGUUUGUGCAGUGAAAAUUUCGACUGAGAAGGUGCUCAGGAAGCUUAAUGGUCUGAAGGUGGAUAAAUCUCCGGGACCUGAUGGAAUGCACCUUCGGGUUCUGAAGGAAGUAGCUGGAGAGAUUGAUUGCGGAAGCAUUAAUGAUGAUCUUUCAAAAAUCGAUAGAUUCUGGCGUUGUACUGGAUGACUGGAAAAUUGCAAAUGUCACUCUGCUAUUUAAGAGGGGUGGGAGGCAGCAGAAAGGAAACUAUAGGCCUGUUAGCCUGACAUCAGUGGUUGGGAAGUUGUUGGAAUUGAUUGUUAGGGAUGAGAUUACGGAGUACCUGAAGGCACAUGACAAGUUAGGCCAAAGCCAGCAUGGUUCCCUGAAAGGAAAAUCCUGCCUGACAAAUCUACUGCAAUUCUUUGAGGAAAUUACAAGCAGGGUAGACAAAGGAGGUGCAGUAGACGUGGUGUACUUGGAUUUUCAGAAGGCCUUUAACAAGGUGCUGCACAUGAGGCUGCUUAGCAAGAUAAGAGCCCAUGGAAUUACAGGGAAGUUACUAGCAUGGGUAGAGCAUUGGCUGGUCAGCAAAAAACAGAGUAGGAAUAAAGGGAUCUUAUUCUGGCUGGCUGCCGGUUACCAGUGGACUUCCACAGGGGUCGGUGUUGGGACCGCUGCUUUUUAAGAUGUAUGUCAAUGAUUUAGACUAUGGUAUCAAUGGAUUUGUGGCUAAAUUUGCUGACGAUAAAAAGAUAGGUGGAGGAGCGGCUAGUGUUGAGGAAACAGAGAGCCUGCAGAGAGACUUUGAUAGUUUAGGGGAAUGGGCAAAGAAGUGGCAAAUGAAAAACAAUGUUGGAAAGUCUAUGGUAAUGCACUUUGGUGGAAGAAAUAAACGGGCAGACUAUUAUUUAGAUGGGGAAAGAAUUCAAAAUGCAGAGAUACAAAGAGACUUGGGAGUCCUUAUGCAAGAUGCACUAAAGUUAGCUUGAGUCAGUUGUGAAGAAGGUGAAUGCAAUGUUGGCAUUCAUUUCUAGAUGUAUAGAAUAUAAGAGCAGGAAUGUAAUGUUGAAGCUCUAUUAGGCACUUGUGAGACCACACUUAGGAGUAUUUGUGCAGUUUUGGGCUCCUUAUUUUAGAAAAGAUAUACUGACAUUGACGAGGGUUCAGAGAAAAUUCACAAGAAUGAUUCCAGGAAUGAAAGGGUUACCGUAUGAGGAAUGUCUGGCAGCUCUUGGGCUGUAUUCCCUGGAGUUCAGAGGAAUGGGCGUGAUCUCAUAGAAACAUUCCGAAUGUUGAAAGGCCUGAACAGAUUAGAUAUGGCAAAGUUAUUGCCCAUGGUAGGGGGAGUCCAGAGGGCAUGAUUUCAGAAUUCAAGGACAUCCAUUUGGAACGGAGAUGCGCAGAAAUUACUUCAGUCAGAGGGUGUUUUUUUUUAAAUUUAAGCGUGUCGCACCAGACAGUCAGCCAUUCUUGUCUGGCGUGUGGUGUCAGGAUUGGUCUCCUUUCGGAUUAACCGGGUCACGAUAUGAACGUUCCUGACUUAACCCUUGUAUUUUUUAUGAGGCCAAGUGACUAGCUCAACGCUCAACCCAGCACGGUUCGAAAGCGUGCUUGGAAUGGCCUGACUUGGAUUCGAACUUGGGAACCUUCGUCUCCAGCCGGCCAGAGAUUGGAUGAGUGUACAGACAAUUCGAAAUGUUUUCAGCAUUGAAAAUGGCUACCGUCUGAAUGAUGAUCAAAUUGUGAAUCAUUUUCCAAAUCAUUACGAGCUGACACGGAAGGACCUGAUGGUAAAGAAUAUCAAGCGCUAUCGCCGAGAGUUAGAAAGGGAGGCAAGCCCACUUGUGGAGAAGGACGAAAAUGGCAAAUAUGUUCAUUUAGAUUUUAUUCCAGUCACAUUCAUGCUGCCUGGUGAUUACAAUUUGUUUGUGGAGGAGUUCCGAAAGAACCCAACUAGCACUUGGAUAAUGAAACCAUGUGGAAAAGCUCAGGGGAAAGGAAUUUUUCUUAUCAAUAAACUUUCCCAGAUCAAGAAGUGGUCACGAGACAGUCGGACAACCACGUUUAUAUCUCCAGCUGGGAAAGAGGCAUAUGUCAUUUCAUUGUACAUAGACAAUCCACUACUGAUCGGUGGAAAGAAGUUUGAUUUACGCUUGUAUGUGUUGGUGACCUCCUAUCGACCACUUAAAUGUUACAUGUAUCGGCUAGGAUUUUGUCGAUUUUGUACAAUGAAGUACACGCCAAGCACCAGUGAAUUGGAUAACAUGUUUGUGCAUCUUACAAAUGUGUCUGUACAAAAACUGGGAGGUGAUUAUAAUCCUAUACAUGGUGGGAAAUGGUCAGUGAAUAACCUGAGGCUAUAUCUGGAGAGCACACAAGGGAAAGAUGUAACUGAUAAACUCUUUGACGAUAUUCACUGGAUUGUUGUUCACUCACUGAAAGCUGUGGCACCUGUAAUGAUUAAUGAUCGGCACUGCUUUGAAUGCUAUGGUUAUGACAUCAUCAUCGAUGACAAACUGAAACCUUGGCUCAUUGAGGUGAAUGCUUCACCUUCACUCUCUUCCACUACUGCCAAUGACCGCAUUCUGAAGUACAACCUCAUCAAUGACACCUUGAACAUUGUUGUACCAAAUGGUGAAAUGCCGGACUGCAAGUGGAGCAGAUGCCCACCAAAAGAAACACUUGGAUACUAUGAGCUCUUAUAUGAUGAAGAGUUGGCACAAAAUGAAGGCAUGGAAUAUGAAGGAAAACCACGGUUGGGACUUCCUUUGAAUAAAGGCAAUCGACAGAAAGAUACCAGGAAGCCCAUUUCAACUUGGAAAUAAACUAAACUGUGCACAAACAUUCAAAACAAUGCUCUUAUUUAUCCUCACAUUCAUAUCAUAUAAUGCCAUUCCAGUUACAGUAUUAAUGUCAUAAAAAGACAACGCAUCCUUCCUUCCUGAAUACCAGACCAUCUGCCCACUCAAAUCUCGUGUAAAAGACUAUGCAAACAUCAAAUUAUUUGUAAACAUGCAGAAUCAUUAGCUUAGUGUUUUUGUUUUUAAAAUGGCAACAUAAGUGAGCAGGUGGUAUACGAUGGUGCAAACUGUCAUCAGUAAUUACAUAAGCAAACUUUGCAAAACUGUCAAAUCUGACAUGAAAUAAAUAUUCAGUUUGCAUGUGACAUGACCAAUUAGCCAGUCUUUUUUGAGGCUGGUAUACUGACCCUUUCAAAGGUUUGGGUUGUUGUUCCUACCAUAGUACCGUUUGUAAUGAAAACUAGAGGACUCGUUAUCUUAUUUGUAACUACUACUGGGGUUGGAGACUGAGGAAUUUAUUCAAAUUCUACAAAACCAUUGCUGGUAUUUUAUAAGUUUUAAAAGAUUUCUUGGUAGCAACACUAAUGGCUUUGGUCUUUUACCCAUGACUACUGUUUUGAAACCUACUGGGAUAUCAUGAAGAUGUCCAGAAUUGUGCUUUGAAUUUGCAGUGUUUAUUUAUUUGCAACCAUAAUGCACCUCAUUAAAUACCAUGCCUGGUAA